UUAAACGGAGCUGAAAUAAAUCUAGUACAUUUUGUUUAUACAGGUGAUUCAGGCUAUCCGCUAGAACCGUGGCUGUUGACUCCUUUGCCCCGAGAGCUGGAAGGUACUCCACGUUUUGCCUAUAAUGAAGCAUUAUGUAGUGCAAGAAAUUGUAUCGAACGUCUUUUUGGUGUACUGAAAUCUACUUGGAGAUGUCUUUCUCGACACAGAGUUUUGCAGUAUGAGCCUGGCUUUGCUGGGAGAAUUGUCAAUGCUUGCGCAGUCCUCCAUAAUAUGAGGAAUGCUCACGGCAUAGUUGAUGAUGUUCUAUUAGAUGAAAUUGAUCACGAACAUAUAAAUGAAAAUUGUGGUGAUGCUCAUGAUAUUAAUGAUAUUCGUGGACCUCUUGCUAUCGCACGUCGCAUCCAAGAGCGUUUAAUAGCAGAGAGAUUUACAAGAUAAAAUUGUAUGAUGUAUAUUGUUUAUAAAUAAAAUGAGGAAAAUAUAAAAUAUUUCUAUUAUGAUU